GGGCCGGGCCGGGGCUCAGGCGGUGGGGCGGGGCUCACGCCUGCGCCCCCGCCUCCCCAGCCGCUUCACUCUCGGGUCCUGCGGCUGGCAAGCGGCUUGGUUGCCACUCAGGCCCCAUGGCAGUCCCCGGCUCUUCGGCUGAGUGCGGCUACAUCCGCACCGUCCUCGGCCAGCAAAUCCUGGGGCAAGUGGACAGCUCCACCCUGGCUCUGCCCUCCGAGGCCAACCUGAAGCUGGCGGGGAGCAGCAGCUGCAGCGGCCAAGUGGCCAAGAACCUGCGGAUCCAGAAGCAGGUGCAGCAGACCCUGGCCCGGAAGGGCCGGAGCUUCGUGGGCAACGGAAAUCUUCAUCGAGCCAGCAGUGUUCCUGAGUAUGUCUACAACCUACACUUGGUUGAAAACGAUUUUGCCACAGGGCGUUCCCCCGUUGCUAAAACUUAUGACAUAUUACAGGCAGGAACAACAGCCACCUAUGAAAAUCGUUGGAGGAGAGGAACUGCACAGUACAGUUCACAGAAGUCGAUGGAGGAAAGGUCGUUGAGGCAUCCUUUGAGGAGACUUGAGAUUUCUCCCGACAGCAGUCCUGAGAGGGUUCAUUAUGUGCACAGCGAUUACCAUUACAACCAGGGAAGCCAGGCUGGGCACACUUUGCGGCACCAAGAAAGCAAGAGAUCCACCCUUCUCAUGCCACCAAGAUAUGCUCGUUCAGAAAUUGUUGGCUUUAACCAUCUCGGUGCUGUGAGCAGACAGCGCCACUAUGACACUUACCAAAGACGAUACAAGUACGGGUCUGUUAACGAUAGUGUUUUUGAUGGCGUUCCUGUCAACCCAGCAGUGCUCACAUAUCCCAGGCCUGGGACCAGUCACAGCAUGGGCAACCUCUUGGAGAAAGAGAACUACCUGACUUCAGGGCCUGUCACUGGGCACAUAAGGCCACUGGUGCCCCUGCAGCCUGUCACCCAGAAUAGGGCCGCUAGAUCCUUCUGGCAUCAGAGCUCCUUCCACAGCACCCACACUCAGAGGGAAGCCGGGGCCAGUGUCGCUGCAGAUUCAAGUGGAAGGAGAACGCUCAUGACCAUUGGCCAGGUGGCAGCCGGAGGAAGUGGGAAUUUGCUUGCAGAGGGAAGCACUUUCACCGACUCCCAGCCUGGGAAUGCCGACGUGGAGAUGACUCUAGAGCGAGCAGUGAGUAUGCUUGAUGCAGAUCACAUGCCCCCAUCCAGGAUUUCUGCCGCAGCUACUUUCAUACAGCACGAGUGCUUCCAGAAAUCUGAAGCGCGGAAAAGGGUUAAUCAGCUCCACGGCAUACCCAAACUUCUGCAGCUCCUCAAAGUUCAAAAUGAAGAUGUUCAGCGAGCCGUGUGUGGGGCCUUGAGAAACUUGGUGUUUGAAGACAAUGACAACAAGUUGGAGGUAGCAGAACUAAAUGGGAUACCACGGCUGCUGCAGGUGCUGAAGCAAACCAGAGACCUGGAGAUGAAAAAGCAAAUAACAGGUUUGCUGUGGAAUUUGUCCUCUAAUGAUAGACUCAAGAAUCUCAUGAUAACAGAAGCCUUACUUAUCCUGACUGAGAAUAUCAUCAUCCCCUUUUCGGGGUGGCCGGAAGGAGACUACCCCAAAGCAAAUGGCUUGCUCGAUUUUGAUAUAUUCUACAAUGUCACAGGAUGCCUAAGAAACAUGAGUUCUGCUGGCCCGGAUGGGAGGAAGGUGAUGAGAAGGUGUGAUGGACUGAUUGACUCCUUGGUCCAUUAUGUCAGAGGAACCAUCGCAGAUUACCAGCCAGAUGACAAAGCCACUGAGAACUCUGUGUGCGUUCUUCAUAACCUCUCCUACCAGCUGGAGACAGAGCUCCCAGAGAAAUAUUCCCAGAGUAGCUAUAUUCAAAACCAGAAUAUCCAGACUGACAACAGCAAAAGUAUUGGGUGUUUUGGCAGUCGAAGCAGGAAACUGAAAGAGCAAUACCAGGACAUGCCAAUGCCAGAGGAAAAGAGCAACCCCAAGGGUGUGGAGUGGCUGUGGCACUCCAUCGUGAUAAGGAUGUAUCUGUCGUUGAUCGCCAAGAGUGUCCGAAACUACACACAGGAAGCCUCUCUGGGAGCUCUCCAGAAUCUCACGGCAGGAAGUGGACCAAUGCCGACUUCAGUAGCUCAGACAGUUGUCCAGAAGGAAAAUGGCCUUCAGCACACCCGAAAGAUGUUGCAUGUUGGUGACCCAAGUGUGAAGAAGACUGCAGUCUCCCUGCUGAGGAAUUUGUCUCGGAAUCUUUCUCUGCAGAAUGAAAUUGCCAAAGAAACUCUACCUGAUUUGGUUUCCAUAAUUCCUGACACAGUUCCAAGUACUGACCUUCUCAUUGAGACCACAGCCUCGGCCUGUUAUACAUUGAACAAUAUAACCCAAAAUAGUUACCAGAAUGCCCGGGACCUUCUAAACACUGGAGGCCUCCAGAAAAUUAUGGCCAUUAGCACAGGCAAUGGCCACAUCCCCAACAAAGCAAGUAAAGCUGCUUCUGUUCUGCUAUAUUCUCUGUGGACACACACUGAGCUCCAUAAUGCCUAUAAGAAGGCUCAGUUUAAGAAGACAGAUUUUGUCAACAGCCGGACUGCCAAAGCCUACCACUCCCUUAAAGACUGAGGAAAAUGAAAACGUACUGUCAGAAAUAUCAGCCUCUCCAUUCUCAGCUGCAAAAAGCCCCAGAGGAAAACACCUAUUUUUCUACUACUCAGCCCAAGAAACCUCAAAAAAGCAUGCCCUGUUUCUAUCCUUUUCUAUUUCCAUGGUCCCCAGAAUCCUAAAACAAAUGAUCAGAUUAUAAUUGUAUUAGUUUCCCAGAAGACACUGGCAAGCUUGCCACCAGUGAACACUGGACAUAGGUUCUACUUUCCCCUCUACGAAUAGUGGUCUUUGUUUUCAGGGCUUAUGGUACAUGGCCUCCUGGAACCAAAAUGUGAAUUCACAUGGAAUGGACAUUAAUGGAGUAAUAAGGAAAGAGGCUGUUGUGUUAGUAGGAUUUUAAAAGUUUGAUUUACGUUUAUAUUCCUCUUCUGGUUUCCACGUUUUGCCACUCAUAUGUACGUUGCUUCUUCACUGAGCCACGAGUGUGUUGUUCUGCAGCGUUAAAACGAUGGAAAUAACAAGAAAUAUUUGAGCAGUUAUCCAGGAGAAAAUGUAAUGACAAAGUUGUUUGUUUGUUUACUUCGUGCUUGUUCUUAACUUCUUGGAUUUUUUUUAAAUCUGUUUUUAAAUGAAUUUAAGAAAUUUAGAUCACAGGGCAUGCAUGAUUGUAAGAAAAAGAAAAUAAGAGGAAGUGAUCGUAACAAAUUUAAAAAUCUUUUCCACAGAGAAGGCAACCAUGUUACGAAAUUCAUUAUUCCCCCUAAAUACUGAAUAAAUGUGUUUUUUGCUCAAGGAAAUACUUUAGCGAUAGUGAUACCAUUAAAUGCUAAACCUCCUCUAAACAGCUGCACUCAGUGUAAUCUGUUUUCUGGGAUUUUUCAGCCACUGCAAUGUUAACUCUUCCUCUUUAGCAACUGUGGGAAUCAAGGGCUUCUCUCAGACUGCUGGGCCAGUCCGGGGCACCGAGAACACAGCUCAUUUUAAUAAGUUAUAUUAUCAACCAGCCUAACUUUGCCCAACAUUCAAAAAAUAGUAUAGAGCCAUUAAAUCUCAUGUGAUCAUCCUCAGGCUAUUAAGUCAAGGGAACUCUGGCAAAGUGAAGUAAGAAGUCUUGUUGAGAAAGAAUGUGCCCAGCCCAUCCAGAAAUGAUAAGAAAAAUUUUUUUAAUGUUUCAAAGGUGACAUCAUCUGUUGAAGCAAAUCUAUAGUGUUAUUUUAACUGAGCUAUCAUUGAAACCAUCUAGAAUGUCUUCUCAACUAAAAUUGUUAUACACUGA